GAGCUUCGGACAAGCGCCCGCAAAGAUGAUGGAGCUGGACGAGGUGGUGUACCAGGACGACUAUGGGGCCGUGUCCGUCAUGUCGGAGCGGGUUACGGGCCUGGCCAGCAGCAUCUACCAGGAGUUUGAGCGCCUCAUCAAAACCUACGACGAGGAGGUGGUGAAGGAGCUGAUGCCGCUUGUGGUGAACGUUCUGGAGAACCUCGACUCGGUUUUGACGGAGAACCAGGAGCACGAGGUGGAGCUGGAGCUUCUCAAGGAGGACAACGAGCAGCUCAUCACGCAGUACGAGCGGGAGAAAGCGCUGCGCAAACAGGCGGAGGAGAAGUUCAUCGAGUUUGAAGAUGCCUUGGAGGCGGACAAGAAAGAUCUGCAAACCACAGUGGAGACUUUGGAGCUGCAAGCAAAGCAACUGGAGCUGAAGUCCAAGAACUAUGCUGACCAGAUCUCGCGUCUGGAAGAGCGAGAAUCAGACAUGAAGAAAGAGUAUAAUGCCCUUCACCAGCGCCACACGGAGAUGAUUCAGACAUAUGUGGAACACAUUGAACGCUCAAAGUUGCAGCAGUCAGGCAGCAACCAGUCUGAAUCCACAGGCUGCGGACGGUCUCAACGACACAACUGGAGGAAAAGUAAAACAGAGCGGCCUCCGUCACUGAGUUUGUAUCCUGGUGGAGAUGGCAUGGAGGAUGGUUCAGAUUCAGACUCAGUCGCAGCCACACCCAGCAGCACAGGCAGCAAAUCAAACACUCCCACCUCAUCUGUUCCCUCAGCCACUGUUACGCCCCUGAACGAUGGGCUGGUGUCAGUGGGGGAGUAUGACACGUCCCGCGGGCGUGCACGCGAUCGCAGGACUGGGAAGCGGCUCAGUAGAAACAUGGAGGUGCAGGUCUCUCAGGAAACCAGGAACGUCAGCAUUGGAAUGGGCAGUAGUGAUGAGUGGUCAGAGUUUCAGGAAAUAAUAGACUCCACACCAGAGCUAGAUAUGUGCUUGGACCCUAGAAUCUUCGGUGGAGGAAACAGUCCUUCGCAGGGCAUAGUGAAUGAAGCGUUCGGCAUCAACACUGACUCUUUAUAUCAUGAGAUCAAAGACGCCAAGUCUGACAUCAUUGGUGAUGUGGACGCAGGAGCGGAACUUCUCGGGGAGUUCUCAGUCCGGGAUGAUUUCUUUGGAAUGGGGAAAGAAGUGGAAAAUCUACUGACUGAGAAUAAACAGCUACUGGAAACCAAGAAUGCCCUGAAUAUUGUGAAGAAUGACCUGAUUGCUAAAGUGGACGAGCUGUCGAGUGAACAGGAGGUUCUCCGGGAGGAGCUGGAAUCGGUAAAACAGUCCAAAACUAAAGUGGACCAGAGAGUGAAGGAACUGGAGGAGGAGCUGAAGAGGUUGAGAGCGGAAGCAUUAGGAGCAUCUCAGGACUCUAAAGACGAAGGUGGAGAGGAUUACUCAUCUCCACUGCAGGACGAUGUGACCAUGACGCAGAGACGCCGCUUUACCCGAGUGGAGAUGGCCCGAGUGCUGAUGGAGCGCAACCAGUACAAGGAGAGACUGAUGGAGCUUCAGGAAGCCGUGCGCUGGACCGAGAUGAUCAGGGCGUCUCGAGAGAGUCCUCCUCUACCAGAGAAGAAGAAAUCCAUCAUCUGGCAAUUCUUUGCUCGUCUCUUCAGUUCAUCGGCUAGUCCUCCUCCAGUAAAGCGGCCCUACACCAGUGUCAACAUUCACUACAAGUCUCCGUCUCCGGCUGGCUACAACCAGAGACGCUCCCAAACCAUGUGCCAGAUCUCCACCUCCACCUGCAUACGAGAGUUUCUGCCGGAAGACGACUCAGCACUCUGUACCCGCAGAGAGCAGCGGCGAGAACAGUACCGGCAGGUGCGCGAACACAUGCGGCGCAAAGACGGCCCUAUGCAGACCUGUGGCUGGAGCGUCCCAUCCCGUCUCAAACAGAACGGCUGCCAGGCGGACAGCGCUCCAGAUGCCACAGCUAAGAGGAACCAGGCCACUGAGAAAGAGGAUAAUCGCAUGAAAAACGUCCCUGUGCCAGUGUACUGCCGCCCUCUAGUGGAGAAAGACCCCAACAGGAAGUUGUGGUGCGCGGCUGGUGUGGAUCUCACUGGCUGGAAGACUUCCAGUCAGGAGGCUGCAUCUGUAAAGCCGUCUAAUGGCUCUGAUCCAUUGACGGCUGAAAACGAAGGUGGCGACGGAAAGAGCGAACAGAGCUCGCCAGAGAAGAAGAAGCCUAAGGAGCUGCAUGAGACUGACCCCGUGAGCAGCCGCGUGUGGAUUCUGACCAGCACUCAUUCAGCCAGUAAAGUGGUCAUCAUUGAUGCCAACCUGCCCUGCUCACUAGUCGACCAGUUUAACGUGUGCAAUGCGCAUGUGCUGUGCAUCUCCAGUGUGCCAGCUGCCAGCGAGAGCGAUUAUCCAGCAGGAGAGAUAUUUCUGGAGCAGCAGGCUGGAGACGGAGCUUCAGAGGAGAAGGGUGGCGUGGAGGGCAUGUUGGCAGGGAUCACCAUCGUGGGCUGCGCCACAAACUGCAGUGUUGUACGCAGCAACUGCUCUUCCCGCACCGAUACGCCAGUGCAGGACCGAAGCAAUGCUCCUACAGCUCCAGUGUGUAGAAGUUUAGCAGUGUCCCAGUCUGCAGAGGAAGCCACUGAAGCCAUCGAGGUGACGGAGGAGGCAGGGCCUAGUGAGAAUGCAGACAGCACCCUCGGGUCCUUCACAGAACACGUCUUUACUGACAACACGCACAGUGAGCCUGGUGUGGCGAAGGAAAAAGUGUCCUCAGCACCAGCAGACUCAGAAGAGGCCGCAGACGAGCGUGCAGGAACGAGUGCUGCUCCCACCAUGUGGUUAGGAGCCCAAAACGGCUGGCUGUAUGUCCACUCUGCAGUGUCCAACUGGAAGAAAUGCCUCCAUUCGAUUAAGCUCAAAGACUCUGUACUGAGUUUAGUACAUGUGAAGGGGAGAGUUUUGGUUGCUUUAGCUGAUGGGACUCUAGCAAUUUUCCACAGAUCUGAAGAUGGACAGUGGGAUCUUUCCAACUAUCAUCUAAUGGAUCUGGGAAGACCUCAUCACUCCAUCCGGUGCAUGGCUGUGGUCCAUGAUAAAGUCUGGUGCGGCAACAAGAACAAGAUCCAUGUGAUUCAGCCCAAGAGCAUGCAGAUUGAGAAAUCUUUUGACGCUCACCCACGCAAGGAGAGUCAGGUCAGGCAGCUGGCGUGGAUUGGGGAUGGAGUCUGGGUUUCAAUCCGUCUGGACUCUACACUGCGCUUAUAUCACGCUCACACACACCAGCAUCUACAGGACGUGGACAUUGAGCCUUAUGUCAGCAAGAUGCUGGGUACAGGAAAGUUGGGCUUCUCCUUUGUCAGGAUAACGGCCUUGCUGAUUGGAGGAAACCGAUUGUGGGUGGGCACAGGAAAUGGUGUCAUCAUCUCAAUCCCCCUGACUGAAACCGUAGUGCUUCACCGAGGCCAGCUGCUGGGAUUGAGGGCCAAUAAGGUGUCCCCUACAUCAUCAGGAGGCGUGAUCCAUGUAUAUGCAGAUGAUAGCACCUCAGAGAAGAGCAGCUUCAUCCCGUACUGCUCCAUGGCACAGGCGCAACUCUGUUUUCAUGGACAUCGAGAUGCAGUCAAGUUCUUUGUGUCAGUGCCAGGCAAUGUGUUGGCCACACUGAACGGCAGCGUAUUGGACAGCCCAUCAGAGUCUCAGGGGUCCUCGGCCCCGGCAGAAACAGAAGCACAGAGUCUUCAGAAUGUGCUGGUGCUCAGCGGAGGCGAGGGUUACAUUGACUUCCGCAUCGGUGACGGUGAGGAUGACGAGACGGAGGAAGCAGACGACGAUGAAGCUCCUCAGAUGAAGCCAGCCUUGUCUAAAGCAGAGAGGAGUCAUAUCAUCGUCUGGCAGGUUUCUUAUGUUCCGGAGUGAUUUAAACAAACACCUCCUGCCUGUACCCCCCACCCCCUAUAAAUUCCCCUUGUCCCAAAGACAAAGUAUGAGUCCUUUCUGUAACUUCGCCCCACGCUCCGUAACAACCACGGCCUUGUAACUACCCCUCUUUAAACUCUUAUACUGACUCCAUUAGCCUGUAUUUCCCUCAAUUAUAACUACCUUCAAUCCACCUCGUAACGUUUCCCUCCAAAAACACACACAAAGAUCAAAACUUCCUGCAUCUUACUACUGAGUUCAAAGGAAAUGCAUAUAAACAGCUUAAACCAGAACCAAAACUAAGUUCCUGAAAGAACUACCCAGUUGUUUUUCUUUUUGCCAAAUAACCCUGACCUUUAUCUGUACAGUCCCUCAGCACACAGCUCACUGAAUCAGGAGAUCAUUCUGGAAACACUGGUGUACAUGCAAACAAGAGGGCAAAACCAAGAGAGCUCAAUAUGUAAAUACUGGAUUAAAUCUUGCACUGCAGAGAGAAAUGUGAAGCAAUAGAUAAGGAUAAUUAAAUGAACGUUCGGGAUCGGCUGGAAGUCUUGCACAACCCAAACAUGUUUCAGUGUCAUCUAAAAUAUUGUAAACUAAAGAGAUAGUUCAUCUUAAAAUGAAAGAUCUGCCAUCGUUUAUUCAUCAUC